AGGCCUGGUCUGAUGCUUAUGGACGAAUAAGAGAUAAGGAUUUGGUGACGUAAUCUCGAGCAGCUCUAACGAGAGCUCUUCAAAUGACAUGGAACUUCUUCAUCAAACCUCCGCGCCACGCCGCAGCAGGGAGCGAUACAUCACGUCUACGGAGACAUCUCUGUCUGAUCGAUAAUCAAAGAAUCGCACGAGCUAUAUUAUACGAAUAAAUCGAGCUUGUAAUUCACUGCGCAAUGCUCCCAGCAGCACGAUGGUCGUUGCGGCUGCCAUGCCAGCACUUCCGAGCAUUCGCAACGCGUGGCACACCUCAUCCACGAGGUCCUCGCGGUCGCCUACCUGGUCAUGUACCACCUCAGAGAAGAGAGCCUGCGAGACCAUCAGGACAGCAUGGCAGCGAACAGCCAGCGAACCAGCACAAUGAGCCAUCCAAAGAUGCAGCAAACACAGGCGCGACCGAACCAUCGAGAGUCGAAGCAGUAUCCAAUGCUCUCGCCACCACGCCCGACUCGCAAAACCCCCUCCUCACACCAGUCCACGUGCCCGAAGACCCGCACGCAGUUCUCAAACAAACACAUCCGGCGAUGCGCCUCCUCGACAAUUCGGCCAUCGUCAUCCAGCGGCAGCUCGAGAUGAUGAACGUGCUGAUGGGCUUCGAGCAAGCGAACCGCUACGUAAUCAUGGACCCGCACGGCAACCAUAUUGGCUACCUCGCUGAGCGCGACCACGGCUUCGGCAGCGCUAUGGCACGGCAGAUGUUCAAGACACACCGAAGCUUCACAACACACGUCUUCGAUCGGGAGGAGAAGGAAGUGCUGCGGUUUCACAGGCCGUUCAGCUGGAUCAACUCGCGCAUACGGGUCUACGACGCAGUGGGACAGCACGGCGGCGCAUACACAAGCUCCACGCAAUUGCAGGGCACUAGCGCGGCCAGCAUCGUGAAGCAGACGAGUGCGAAUGUGUCGAGCAUGGAUCUGGGUGAUAUGCGCAUCAUCGGUGCCACAGAGCAGGAGUGGGCGCCGCUAAGACGGAAGUACAACAUGUUCCUCGCCCGCAACCUCGCAGACGCCGCACCUGGCACUCCCCAGAUCGCCCCGGGCAACCUCGCCUUAUCCGAUAGCAAGGCUAUGACCGUCGCAGAAGGCGAUAACAGGGAAGUCGGCAUGCUCCAAUUCGCGCGUGUAGACGAGCGCUUCCUCUCCUGGGACUUCAGUCUCAUGUCUGAAGACGGCCGCCUACUGGGAUCCGUGAACCGCAACUUCGGUGGGUUUGCGCGCGAGAUCUUUACAGACACGGGUGUGUACGCAUUACGAAUGGACGCCGCAGCGCUCGCACAGGAGCCUUUGCAUCUUGUGAGCCAGACUAGGCAAGUAGAGGCUGGGCCGGGCAUGACCCUCGAUCAGCGUGCUGUCAUGCUUGCGACGGCUGUGAGUAUUGACUUUGAUUACUUCAGUCGGCAUAGUGGCUCAGGCGGUAUGAUGUGGCCGAUGUGGGUGCCCUGGUUUGGCGGUGGUGGGGAGGCUGCUGGUGGUGCUGCAGCGGGCGGUGCAGCAGCAGGUGAGGCCAGUGCCGCUGGCGCUGGAACUGCAGUUGGAGCAGCUGGCGAGUCUGGAGUCUUGGGUGAAGCUGCUGCCGGUGCUCGAGGCCUCGGUGCUGCUGAGGGCGCGGCGACUGGCGCUGCGACGAUGGCUGGAUACGAAGCUAUGCAGAGAGGAAGGGGGUCACAACAAACUGACGACAUGUCACCGCAAGCGAAUGAUCCGCACCAGCCGCCAGUGGAUCGUCAGCAAGGUGUUCAAGGAGAAGAGGACAUCUGGGGACAGAGCGGCGAUCCUUGGGCAGAUCAACGAGGACAGGACCAGGAGCAAGGCUUUUGGGGUGGUGAAAACCAAGGUGGUGAUGGUGGAGGCGGCGACUCGGACUGGGGUGACUGGUUCUGAUCCACCAAAACUGUAACUACC